CCAGGCUCGCAGUUCGUGCUCGACCUACGGUACCUCCACGAACCAAGGCUCAGCAACAGAGACUCAGCAGGCGGAUGACUCCAGCGGCAUCGAGUACAACAUUGACGGUACCGGACACCACCGGAGUUCUUCCCGCAUGCCCGGUCCGAAGGGCCUGUGAGCCGUUGGUUGACUAUUUUGGGCGGCUACAGGUAUUUACAGAUGCCGUAGCUGCCGCCAAGGCUCAGCAGGAGGCAGCAGAGGCAGAAAGUCUGCGGCUGGCCAACGAGGCGGCAGCCCAAGCUCAGCAGACUGUUGAGGCUGACGCAGCGGCACGAGACCAACGGAAUGCCGCCAGUACGGAGUCCCUGAUUCAUAUUGAAAGUCAGUGGACAACGUUCCUCCAAGGCAUGAUCUUUGUGCCUUCGGACGCGCAGGCAGAUCCGACACCGGCGGAGGCAGAGAGGACUCACCUGGCUAACUUGAUGCUGGGCAUGAUAAGAGGCAUCAUGUGGAAUAACACACUGCUGCAGGCACAUUUGCGCACGGAACGACAGCAGCGACAAAAGUACCAUCAAGACAUUGUUGUUUUAACAACUGCCAUCCGCGCCGAAGCAACACAGCAGCAGCAACAGCAUCAGCUGUUGAACUCCGCUCUCGCACGCAUCAACAGCAUUGAGGCUAACGCCUCAGCAGCGCCAAGCUGCACGACAGACGCAACGAAGCAACUCAAUGAGCGCAUCGAUCACGUCGUCACCAUCAUCGGCGACAUAGGUGUUUUCAAUGGGCCGGAUACGAUCAGCAGCACGGUGGCCGCCAUCAAGACGGACAUCACCAAGCUGCUAACGAGACCAGACGCCCCUACAAAGACUUACAAGAUGCCGCCAUCAGCAAGCUCGACGACUACAACAAGUCGGACGCCUUGACAUGGUGGCAACGUUUCCUUACGGAAGCAUCAUGCCGCACUGUCCCAGCAGACGACAUGAUGAAGGCACUCUACUUGCAACUAAUUGGAGGAGCGCAGGCUUGGAUGAACCAUCUGGCAGCUACCAACAAAUGCACCAUCGCCGA